GUCUAUUAUGUUCAAAUUACUAAUAAUGGUUGGCCCACUACCAUUGCACUGUGAUGUAUAUUUAAGUUGAAGUUUUCUAUGUAGAGUUAAAGCCUGAAACAAUAUAAUCUUGUUUAGAGUCUUCAGAGAGCAGAAAGUUGGAAUAAUUAUGUGUAUAGAGACCUCCAUGAGUUCAAGAGAUACACAGGUUUGCAAGGUUGACAUUAGGUUGUUUUACCGUGCUAGUGAUAGAUGAAAAUUUCACCAUUCAGAAUGCUCUACUUAGUGAUACAUGGAUUUGUAAGUGUAUUUUCAUUAUUCUAGUGACAAAUUGACAAAAUUCUUAGUGACACGGGUUUUUAGGACUUUUUACAUUUAUGUUCUUUGCAUGAAACGAAUAACUAACGCUUCUUAUUAUCUAUAAUAUAUGAUAUAUUGCAAUAGUUUGGCAGAAGUGUGGUUUAGGUUUGGUAAUAUAAAAGAUAAUUUCAAGUCGAUGCGUGACGCCGAAAUUUGUCAUGUGCCGAGUACGCAAUACGCAGUGGUGAGUGGUGGGGUCGUCUCGGGAUCAGCUGAUGUGGCAGUAUAUCACGCAGCACAGGUCAGCGCCAAUCCCCACUCCGUCAGUGUUUCUUAACCCGGUGGCAAAGGAAGGUUGUGGAGAUGACAGCCUUGUGGCGUCAUCUGGGCGGCGUCACGUCAUCACUGCUCUGUGUAACAAUAGGAGUGGCGGUGUGUGUGUCUUCCCCACAAGAGAGGACUAGCCUUCUGCAGCAGCGCGAGACGUACCAAGGGAAGUUUUGGCAGAUCACUGACAUCCACUGGGACCAAAAGUAUAGUGAGGAUGGGGACUCUGCCAAGAUGUGUCAUAGAGCUUAUCAGUCUGGUGGACAUAACAGCAAGUGGGGAAACUACAAUUGUGACUCACCCUGGCCACUGGUGAAGAGUGCAAUCCAGGCCAUGGUGGACAUAGAGGCUCGACCAGAUUUUGUGCUGUGGACAGGUGACAAUGCUCCUCACACGGAUGACCCAGAGCCAAACUUCUCGGUGAUCUUCAGCUCACUAAGUAAUAUCACGGGGGAGCUGCGCACAGCCUUCCAUCCCUCCAUCCCGGUGCUGCCUGUCUUGGGCAAUCAUGAUGCAUUUCCUAAGAAUGACUAUCCAGUUGCUGGAAAAGAAUUUUAUGGUAAGUAUCUAACUGAGGGAGGCUGGGCAGCACUUUUGCCAGCAGAGGCCCAGCAAGAGUUUGUGAAUGGCGGGUACUACAGCUACACAUUGGACUCAGGAGUCAUGAUACUUGUUGUGAACACCAACCUUUAUUAUGCUUUCAAUACACUUGGAACAGAUGUGCCAGACCCAUGUGGGCAGUUUGCUUGGCUACGAUCAAAGCUACAGUUGGCUCAGGAUGAGAAAUUAAAGGUGAUCAUCACUGCCCAUGCCCCACCUGGCUACUUUGAGAGGGAGGCCCUUGUGCCGUUUUUCAAUGACUCGUACAACAGUGCCUAUGUUGAUCUGCUGAAUGACUUUGGAGGAGUGAUUCUGGUGCAGAUUUACGGCCAUGAACACACUGAUAGCUUCAAACUGUUCUCAGGACCUAAAGGUGAAAUAGAGAGUGUGGCUCUCUUGGCCCCAUCAGUCACCCCUUGGCAUGCAUCUGUCUUUGGUGGCACUGCAAUCAACCCAUCGGUUCGCCUUUACCACUAUACUCGUUCAGAAGUUUUGGAUUAUUUUCAGUACCACCUUAACCUGAGUCAAGUUAUAUCUUCUUCAGAUAGUACAUUGAACACUACAGCUGACAGUAGUCUUGAAGCAGGUAAUGAGACAGAAAUACCCAAGUGGGAAUUGUUCUAUCAGGCAAGGGAGACUUACGGGCUCAGUUCUCUUAGCACCAUCAACAUGGCCAGCCUCUAUAAACAGCUGGAGAGUAAUAACACCCUAUUUCAGAAAUAUUACCUCUUUAAUUCUGCUGGGUAUAAUAAUGGAGUGUGUGAUUCAUCUUGCAAGAAAAACCACAUUUGUGCCAUUGCAUAUUUGAAGAUAGAUGAUGUUGUUCACUGUAUGCAUUUUAAGUCACCAAGAUCCCACACUCUGUCAUAUGAACAUUUAUCAAAAUUUGGGAAAGAACUUGCUGGAAACUUCCAUAAGUCAAAUGCAUCCCAACUGAUCAUUACUCUUGUGGUGGUGAGCAUGGCCCUGACGGUAGUGUUGGCAGUUGUCCUGGCUGUUAUGUUGAUCAUGGUUGUCAUCAAGAGGAGCAGAAUGGUGCCAGCCGAGAGAAGCUUUCCUAUUCUAGAUUUGUCAAAGCCUCAUUGGCAGAAUUAUAGAAAACUACCAUGAGCAUAAAUUGAAUGAAAGAUAAUCAUGAAUUUUAAGAUACACAAUAUAUUUUUAAUAGAAUUUUACUCAUGUCACCAGCUUAUUGGUGUUAAGGAUGUAGGAAUAUCUAGGACUUCAAAAUUAUCAGAGGGUACACAUGUAAAAAUAUUAUUCUGACUUUUUAAUGUCCUAUGAAGUAAUGACUUAGAGGAAAAGAAAUUUGCAGUAAUGCAAGAAAUAUCUUGGUUGUAGUAAUGAUUCUCUAUUUUUAUAUUAAAUUAUGGAAAAUUAUUUAAGUGGUCAGUCUGAGGUGAUUGGCCUUGGGUUGUGUUGCAGGAUUUCUCAGCAUGAAGCAGGAGUGUGGAGGGAAGGGGUGAAGGGUGCAGCCUCUGUGUGAAACAUAAGUGCUUGGGAACUGCUCUGUUUGCUCAACUUAUGAUUUUAAGCUUUGCUACAAUGUGGCAUAAUGUUCUAGACACACCGGAAAAAAAAAAAGUGACAGCAAAGAUAAAGGGCCUACAUGCAUACCUAUAUAUGUACAGUACAUAUGUUUUAUGUUCUCAUAUUUCUUAGAUUUUUGUUUUUAGUAUCAUAAAUGUGUAUGUGUAUAAUGUAGCAGGAUUUUGGAUUUUCAUAACUAUUAUGAUGGAUGUCAUGUUUGUGUGUUGCUUGUUUGUCGACUAAGUCCUGUAAUCCGUUGAAGAGUCAGUGUCUAGCUUCAGUUUCUUAGUCAGGUGUAUACUUUCUUUAUUUUUAUUUUCUAUUUAUUUCUUUACUAAUUAUUUCUAUAGCACAAGUAUGUAUGUAGUACCUUGGAAUCACUUUGUCCGUCCUCUUUACUUUCUUCUAUGAGUACAUACAUUGAAGAAGUAGGGAACUGUCCUUUGGCAGAGACAUUAUUUUUGCUUCUUUGCUGUGCCCUUCAUUUGAUGUUGUUGUGACGUGUUCUUAAUCCAGUUCACCUUAAUCCAUCCAGCCUGAGUCUAUAUAGCUGCUAAUACAACAUUGUAAAUAUUCUUUGAAACCUAUAUGGUAGUAACGUGGGAACUAUUGAACAUUGUGUUCAUAGAUUCUGAGCAUACGGCUUUGAAUAUCAGGAGAGGAAAUAGAUGGGAUUGAAUGCAGUGGAAUGGAUAAUGGUAGACAGUUUGUUUGUACUGGCAUUAUAAUGACAGAUUGCCCUGUAAUUAUUGGCUAAAGAUUGUGUUCAGUACUUUGAUAAGCAUUGGUGAUACAAUAAGCAGCAAGCAGGAUGACUAAACAUAACAUACAAUGAGAUCCUGUGUAAAAAUUUAAAGACCAAAGAACUUGACAAAUAUGUAUAAUUACAAUUUUUACAAGCUGUCAUGAAAUGACAAAAUUUGACUCAAGUGAAUGAGAUUUGAAGGUCAAUAUUAUGGUGACUGUACUCUUGUUGCCUGUAAUCAUUGAUGUCUUUCCUUUUUAUUGUGAUAAGUGUAUUUGAAAAAUUAACCACUGUCCAUGUUAUUUCAAAGAUAGUAUAUUUUUUAUCACCAUGUACAUAAUUCAUAGCUCAAUCUUUUAUGAUAUUUUGAUAGGUGUAGCCAGUAAGAUAAUAUAUAUACUUAAAAUGUAUACAUAAAAAAAAAAAAAUUGUGUUGAAUAGUAAACACAAUAUAUGUGGUGAAUGGUAUUGUUCCUACACUUAGAACAUGUUUGGAUUUGAUGGUAAGGUGUUUGCAAGUGUAAGUGGUAAUACUGUAUAUGUAUCCUACAAGCUAAGCUUACACGGCACAGCAGUUACCUCCAUAAGUGUAUAGGCAGUAGAAAAUAUAAGAUUAGCAGUAUAAAUUGCAAUUUAUAUUGUUAAAUUAUCAUUUGUGUGUGUUUUCAAAACACUGUGGCUUUAUUUUGGUAUGUUACAUGCACUGGCAGUAUUAGCAGGGAUAACACAACUACUCAUCAGUGUCAAAAGAUGUUACCUUCACAGUCAAACUAUCUUGCAUGUAGAACUUUGCCCUGAAAAGUUCAGCACAUGAAUGUAAAGCACACUACCACCAGCAAACACUGAAAGUUGAACAUUAGGAACAGUAUCAGGAUGGAAUCAAAAGCAAUGAAAUAUUAUUCCAAACAUACAUUUUACAUCACAGGCUGUAGAUUUUUAUCUUGCAGAAUAAAUAUUUUUGAAACACCCUCUUCAUUCCUACAAUUAAAGAUACUCAAGUUAAAACUCCUGUCCAUUAACAACUUGAUAAAAAUGCACACAUUUCAAUUUCACUCUGUAUAUUGACUUCAUAUAUUACUGCAAAAUUUCUUGUAAUAAUAAUAAUAGCUGCAUAAAAAGUGCUUAUGUAGUAGUUUAUCUUUGUAAUUAGGUAUUUUCUUCAUUGCUAUUUAUCUUUGGUUGUGACAUUUUAUAUGUAAUGGCAGUGUAUGGAACAUUUCUUUCAACAUCAUAGUGUUUCAUUCAAGGAUUUCUACUAUAUUCUUAUGAUUGUUGACAAGUGCCACUCUUCUGUACUUUGUAGUACCUCCUAGAAUUUCACAAAAAUCUAUUGAACAUAGUGACCUGAAGAAUUUAGGAAUGAAUGCCCAAAUACAGCUGUCCAUACACUGUUGUUAUUUUUUUUUUUUUUUUUUAUUUAUUUAUUUUUUUUAACAAUGACUAGAAGUGAUUUCUAAUUUUGAAACAAUAAGCAUUUGACAGAAUUAGGCCUCAUUAUUUUGCAGACACAUUCUCAUUCAAACGCAGGGACAACCCAUGUGACAACUCAAAAACUUACACCAUUUACUUCAUGUAUAUGUAAUUGUGAACAUUACAUAGAAUAGAUUCACUGGAGCUACUGGCCUGGAAAGAUGCGCACCUCUGUGUUAUACAUAAUACACUAUAUUUCAAGAUUUUCUGUCAAAUAUGUUAUAUAAAUACAGUAUUACACAUUA